CAGUAAAAUUUAUUCUGGAGUAUAAUUUUAUUGAAUUUUAUAAAUAAUUAUAGAUAAAAAGUUAAUAUUUCCUAAAGGAAUUUAUUAUACCAUUUUAAAACCAUGUAUAGUGAAUAUACAUUUUAAAUAUGGAUAUUCGUGGUAUUGAGGUUACAAAUCAACUGAGGAGUGCCAUUCGUGCCAAGUUAUUGGAACUUGGUGUUCGCUAUGAUGAAGAAUUACCGGACUAUAUUCUGGUUAUGGUUGUGAAUAAAAAAUCACGUCAACAAAUGCAUGAGGAUUUACAUUUGUUUUUAGAAAAUAAUACAGCUCCAUUUGUUGAUUGGUUGCAUGAUCAAGUAUUGAAAAAAUUGCAAAAAGUGACAAUAGCAAAAAAAAAAGUUUCAAGGGAAUUUGUACCCGCGGUAAUUAUAAAACAAGAAGAACAACGUAAAAAAAAUAAAACAACUACCUCAUUUUUAGAGGAUCAUAAUACAAAAGAAGGAACUAAAAAAUUACUCGAUAAACCAUUGAAAGAAGAUAAGGAUGCUGAAAAUGAAACAAAAUCCGAAUCUCCAUGUGAAGAUAAACAAAUUUUGAAAAUUACUUCUGAAAUUGAAUCGAAAGAAAAAACUCCAGUUUCAUCUUUAGAAACGGAAAAUAUAAAAAAAGUCUCGCCAAUUGAUUCUUUGAAAUCAAAAGAGAUUUCAAAGACACAAUUUGAAGCAGGAAAUUCAAAACCAACGAAUGAAACAAAUAAUUCAGAAAUUACAAAUAUCGAUAUUGGAAAACGAUCACGAAAUUCAAAUGAAGAUGAUUUCAAUUUAAAUGAAUCGAAAAAAAUAAAAUCAAGUAUUACUAAACCUAAAAUAACUUCUGUUGUUUCAGUGAAAAAUCGUCUUGGUAUUAUUUCAUUAAAAAAAUCGGAUCCCCAAACAAAUAGAGAAAUUUCAUUUAAUAAACAUAAACACGAACGAAUAACAAUAACAAAAGAUGAUAAUCGACGAAAUAAUUUUUCACGUUCAAAAAAUAAUGAAUUCGAUGAUUUAAAAAGGAGUCGUAAUUUCGAGACAAAAAUACGUGACAAGACAAUUGAUAUUAAAAAUCGUCUUGGCAAUUUUCGUGAUAAACCAAAUCAAGAGAUUCGUGAAAAAGAAAAGUCUGGAUUGACUAUAAAAAAUCGUUUAGGAAGUUCGAGUAGCGGAAAUCGAGUGUCUUCUUCUUCUUCUUCGUCAAAAAAGCAAGAAAUUCUUGAUGAAAGAAAUAUCGAUAAUAGAAAUGAAAGAAAUAGUUUCCGUGGAAAAAAUGUAAAAUAUAGAUUAGGUCCAAUGAGAAAACCAUUUCGAGCGAACGAUACGAGAAAUGUAAAUUUUCAAGAAACUAGGCAUUUAAAUCAUAAUAAUAGAAAUUCAAAUCAUAAAGAUAGAAAUUCUUUUGAAAGAACUGGAAAAGAUUUUUCAAAUUUAUCAUUUCAAGAUAAUAAUGCUGAUGACAAUGAUGAUGAUGAUGAAGCUGAUAUUAAUGUUGCACCGGUAAAAUCUCAUAUAGUUGCAAUUCAAAAACCUUUGACUGAAAAAACUAUGAGUCGAAAAAGAUUAAAAUCCAAUGAUGAUGUCAGCGAGGAUGAUGAUGAGGAUGAUGUAAAAGAUUGCAAAUUACCAAGUAAAGUUAUCGUAACACCAAGACCAUUAAAACCAUUGCCUUCAAAUCAAAAAAGAGCAACACAAUCUUUAUUAUUGAGAGCUGUUGCUGAAGCCAAUCAAUCUGUGGUGUCGCAAAAAAAUCCAGAACCUUCAUUAGUGGAAGCAAAACCGCCUCCUAAAAGACUUAAAUCAUCUGGAUCAUGGAGUGGAGGUCAAAAUUUAUCAGUGCAUUUGGAUUCACAGAAGAGAUUUGUCAUGGAGAAUAUUCAAAUUGAAUUAACAACAGUGACCAGUAACGAUACAAAAUCUUAUGAAUCACAAGAAGUUACUGAUGAACAUAUUGGUGUUGUAAGGUCAUUAUUUCAACAAAGUAACAAUGAUCAAAAAUUUUUGGUCACCUUAAAUGGAUAUAAUAAUAAUUUGCCUCAAGAAAAAUCGUCUGAUGAAAAUGAAGAGAAUUUAGAAACGGAGUUAAACGAAUGUGAAGAACAAGAAGAGGCUGUUGAAAAUUUGACUGCAUAUCCAGAAAAUGAAUCUGAUGUAAUUGCAUUUCGUGUAUCAAAUAUUGAGGAAGAUGAUAAAGAAGAUGACGAUGAUGAUGAUAAAUCGAGUAAUUCAAAGCAAAGUAAUAAUGAUGAAAACCAAAAUACGGAAAAUAUCAAUGAUGUGGAAGAGCCACCGAAAAAAUUAAGAAAAUUAAGUCCUAUAGUUUAUAAUAAAUCACGAUCACCAACACCUGAAAUAACUACCACAAAAUCUCCAAUUUCAUCAGUAAUAAUCAGUACCGAGAAAAAAUCAAAAAUCGAUACUGUAUCAGUGUCACUUAAUUCAUUGACGGAUAAAAAAUGUCGUUAUUGGCCAAAUUGCACGUCAGGAAAAAAGUGUGCAUACAUUCAUCCGGACGUUCCUUGCAGUCUAUUUCCCGCUUGCAAAUUUGGUGUCAAUUGUCAAUAUCUUCAUCCACGAUGUAAAUUUGGAUUAUCAUGUACAAAAGUUGGAUGUAUAUUUUCACAUCCACAGGAAAAAUGUAAAUAUCAUCCCUAUUGUACAAAUCCAUCGUGUUCAUUUUCUCAUCCCACAAUGGUAAAAUCGACAAAUUUUUCACAAACAACACGAAGAGGCAAAUUUACCUGGAGAAGACAGAACUAAGUCAUAUUAAAAAAAAAAAAAAUUAUUUAUUGCAUUUCUCAUUCAUAUGAACAAGUUUUUUUUAUGAAGAAAUUUCUAUUUAAACAAAAUCGAAAGAUAUUAUAAUUGAAUAUAAGUUUUACAUUAUUCUUAAAAAAAUUUUUUUGAUAUAUAAUCCGAAAAUUAAAUU